CAUCAAGGUCUCCUUUCAUCAGACAACUUGCUAUAAAAAUGUUAACCACCCAGUCGAUCUUCAGCAUUCGACAAUCGUUUUGAACCCCAUCAACAGCCACCAUGAAAAUCGUACUUCUCAUCGUCGCUCUUGCAGCAGUUCAUGCCGAAGAAGCCACGAAGGGCUCUACGCGAGUUAAACGUGGCUACCUUAGCCAAGGCUAUGGAGGCUAUGAAGGCAUUGGAGGUAUUGGAGGUCUUGGCGGCUUGGGAAGCUAUGGAGGCUUGGGCGGCUACAGCGGCUACAAUAGUGGUCUAUCUCUCUACGCAGCGCCUGCAGCUGUUGCCGUGCCUGUACCCCAACCGGUUGCCGUGCCUGUUAUCAAGAGGGUGGCCGUGCCAGUGCCUGUUCCACACGCCGUGCCAGUGAUCCAGAAGGUGGCCGUACCAGUCACCAGGAUAGUCAAGGUGCCCGUACCUGUUAAAGUCGCUGUUCCAGUGAGGAGUUAUGGAGGUUGGUCCGGUGGUUACGGAGGCCUAUCCAGUAGCUACGGCAGUGGAUGGUGGUAAAUCGGGACAUUUUAAUUAACCUUGUACAUGUGUAGAGAAAUAUAAAAUAUUUUACCAAA